AUGAUCAUCGAACAAUAUCUUGAAAAGCGAACAUGGACGUACAACGACGUAUUAAUGAUUGACGAAAAAUUACCUGAUUUAAAGGCUAUAUCGUUUAAAUAUCCGUAUAUCAUCACCGACGUCGAUAAAUUGAUCGAACGAAUAGAUCGGAUGAAAUCAUCAAUCGAUUUCACCAAAAGUGCUGAAUCAACAUCGAUAACGAGUGAAAAUCGUCGAUCAAUUAACGAUAAUAACAAUGUACCGCUGCUUGACGCAAUCAAUCGUCAGCAAGUACCGUCGACAUCAUCGAACGAUCAAUAUCGAAACGACCAACCACAACGAUUAUGGUGGGAUUACGGAAACGACAUCAAUACAUGGUCAGGAGGCGUAAAAGUGGCAGCAAAGAAAUUGACUAUGUACAACGGAGAACCUUUAGAUUAUCAUAAAUUCAAGAAAUCGAUUAUGCAUUACAUUAUUGAUAAUACGCAAAUUCGAGGUAAUGCAAAUAAGUUGAUGGAAAUAAUUGAUCUGUUGCCGUCAAAAGAUCGAUAUAUCAUUGAAAGUCUGGAUCCUCGAACAACGACAAUGACAAGCGUGAUCGACGAAUUAGAUGAAUAUUAUGCAAAUCCGAACCGGUUAAUUCCAGCAAUAGUAAACCGAAUAAAACGGGCUCCAUUUAUAUCGUUGCGUCCAUCAGAAAAGGAUUGGGAGGGGAUGCUGGAAGUGAUCAUAUUGACGCGUAACACAUUGAUGAAUGCCGAAUUGACUGCUGAAGAACGAAGCAUGGUGGGCAUAUUGUUACAGAAAAUUGAUCGAGCACAUUUUAUGCAGAUCGGUGAUCGACGUGCAAUGACACUGAAUCAAAUACUGGAAUUUGUCAAAACUGGUUUGGAUCGUGAACGUAUGGCUAAUUCACAGAUCGCUGCAAGUGAGUUAGCAUCCAAACCAACGAAUAAAUCGCAAGGUACGUAUCAGCGACCGACAGGAAAUGUAAUGAUUGCAACACCGGGUAAUGCUUGUAUGUUUGGUGAUGGAAAACAUCGUACCGCCGAGUGUCCAUUAUCGUAUAACGAACGACGUCAAAUCGCUAUCGAUAAACGUUUGUGUUUUAGAUGCGGAGGUGGUGGACAUAAUAGCCGUGAUUGUCGACGAGAAUUUCAAUGUCCGAUAUGUGGUAAAAAUCAUAUUCAGCAUCUUUGUUAUGACGUCAAACAAUCAUCGACGAAAACGAAUAUCGAAUCGAACGUUAAUCAUCAUGGAACGCCGAAACAAAUGGCAACAUCAUCGAAUGAAAAUAACGAAUCAUCAUCAUCAGCAGUAUUAUUGACGAAUGACGGUGUCAGUUUGUUCAAAACAAUAACGACGACAAUCAAUGAUCGAUCUGUUCGAAUAGUAUUGGACGACGGAUCGUGUAGAUCAUUUAUAUCGAAACGUUUGGUGAAGUUAUGGAAUUUGAAAACGAGUGAAAUUGAACCGAUACGGGUAGAAACGUUAGGUCAAUCUUCAUUUAUGGGCGAAAAGUCGGUAUCACUGCCAAUACCUAUAUGGAACGGCAAAUACAACAAUCUAGACUUCCGUAUCAACGACAAUAUUAAUCGGUUACAUUUCGAAUGUAUAUCGCAUGAUCAACAACGAAUAUUACGUAAUCAAGGUAUCGAUAUAAUGGAUCAACCAGGUGUCGUAGAUAUUUUAAUCGGGUUAGAUCAUAUCAACAAGAUUCAAUUGAAGGAAGAACAACGAAUAUCGGAGAACGUAGUGGCCAAACGAACGACGUUGGGAUGGAUCGUUUAUGGUUCAGCAGAAUCAGUGAACGUAUUUUCCACAUCGAAUGAUCGUAAUGAAAGUGAAUCAACGCCGAAUGGUAAUAUCGACGAAGCAACGAACAAGAUGGUGACGAAAAAUAUUGAUAAUUAUGGUGAACGUGACUCAAGUCAUGGAAAAUCGAGAAGAAGUGCAGUUAAUCUGCUAAUUAUCGAGAAUACAGAAGGUGGUCGAGAUUAUUACGAUGAUGAACGUGAAGGUAUCGAAAUUAACCAACGUAUCGAUGAGGACCAACAAUACAAGAAUCAAUUAUCGGAUGACGGAUUAGAGAUGAACAAUGAUGAUGCGAUUGAAUCAGAAUUGGUCACGAAUCAAGGUGUAAAAAUAUCGGAUGACGAAUCGGACAAUUUGAACAAAUGGCAAUUGGCCGAAGUAGAAUCGAUUAAUACCGGACAUGGACGAAUAGCUGAAAUAAAGCAUGGUACCACCAAUGGUCAACGGGUGAGUUAUCCAUUAUCAUUGUAUAAUCCGUGUGUUAGGUCACUAGCCUGCACGUUGGAAUCGAAAGCGGAUAUACACGAAUCUUUGAUACAACAAUCGAGCUGGGACGUUGAGAUGAUCGUGAAGGAUAAUCAAUUUGUGAUGAAAAUUAUCGAUGACGUAAAACAAUUGGACGAAGUGCUGGUUUCUCGAUUUAUGUUGAACGAAAACAUGAACGAAAACAUUGAUUUAGUCAGGUCGGGUGAUGUAAACAUUAUCGUUACCGGAAUUGUACAUGUAAUUGAUCGAAAAUUAUUGAAAGUAAUUGAUUGUAAAUCUAAAUUGUGCAAUCAUCGUAAAAAAUUAUUGAUGUUAUCGUAUGGUUCAAAUAUUGCUAAAUCGUUAGAAGAAAUCGUUCGAGACAAGUAUGGUGAAGAGGAUCCAGGAUCCAAUAAAAUUUAUCGUAUCGAUAGUGACGAAGCAUUGGAAAUAGAAGCAACGAAAAUUUUAUUGAUCAUCGACGAAACAUUUAUUAUGAAAUACGGCGUAUUGGAUAUCGAUUUUAAUCAAGAACGUAUUUACGACGUAUGGAUUUUAUCAAUCAAUGCAGAGUCCGACGAUUGGAAGUUAAUUAUAGAUACGGAAGCGGACGCAUUGAAGUUUUUAUUUAAAUUAAACAUAACGUAUCGCCCCCUGGAAGCUGUUUCAGAAAGGGGGGAGGAAAUGGUUAAAAAAUAAGCAGCUGACAGGGUUUGUCAGCAAUCAGAUGGCACGAUACAUGCGUAGUGCAAC